AUGCUGAAGGUGGGCUUGUUUCCACGCUCGUGUAAGUCCCUGAAGGCUUCCACUAUUUUCAGCAGCCUUUGCUUGCUCUUUGUAUCACCAGUAUUGCCCAUUGUCUGGCAAAGUGUGUCUCUGGGACUAAAGGUACCUCUCAAGGACUCUAUUAAGUGGCUUCCCAAGUCUCCUAAACUGUACAGUGGCCAUAACUGGAGCUCCCAGGGCUCUCGCUGGGCCUCGUUGAAAGGAAAGGAAGGUUUUCAUGGUGGUAACCUGUACAAAUUCAGCUCUGCUAAUGGAAAAUGGAGGGAAGGAAGGAUCAGUCCUGAGCAAGAAGCGGAGGAACUGGAGGAUCCCGAUGAGGAUGAACCUAUUUCCAAGUUUUCUGGCAGCCUUUUUGAUACUGACAAUAGCAUGAGAGAGCAAAGAAAUACCAGAACAGCUCUUCAAGAAAAGCACAAGUCAGCAAUGAAAGGGAAGACUCUUCCAGGGACUAAGGCGCAGCCACCCGUUUUGGCAGCGGGCAGCUUCCUCAGUGAGAGCAGCCGGUUCCCGGAGGAACUGAGAGCGGUGGAAGUGCCGCAGCCCCCGCUGAAGAUAACCAUUACUGUGUGCAGUCAAAUGGGGAGUCUUGGUAUUAGCAUUGCUGGUGGAAAGGGCUCAUCUCCAUGUAAAGACAAUGAUGAGGGGAUUGUGAUCGCACGGCUGCCGAAGGAUGGUCCAGCAGACUUGGCUGGGGCACAAGCAGGAGACAGAGUGGCAGAGGCAUCCCUCGUUUCAGAACCUGAUGCCCUUGAUGCUGUUCCUACUGAAGCUUCAACCAAGGGCAGCCCCUUCCCGACAGUAAACCACGUCAUAACAAUACCUCGGAUAAUCCUCACGCGCCCCUCCACUUCUGACGAAGAUACCGACCAGUUGCCCCCAGACCCGGACGACUUUGAGCCUGAGGAGCCCGACAGCGCAGGUGGCUGUGCCUAUUCGGACUGUCUGAACAGUGCUUUUUAUCCUCCCUAAUAAAGUACUUUUCUGGAAAGUGUUCGCGGGUUGUUUUCUUUCCCAUUGUUCGAUUACAUUUUUAUGUAGUAUUGGAACCGCUAUGCCUUAUUUGUAGGGAAAACCAUUACACGGAGGAUGGAUUUGAGCUGGGAGAGCUGAACCUGUGUUUGUAUUUCUUUGCCUUGAACUUUCCUGCGGCCAGAACUUGUGCGCUUGCAACAAACUGUUCUGGGUGAGGUUGUGUGAAUGUCACCACAUACUUCAGUAGCCACUUGUAAGGGCAUCCCAGAGCACCUAAAUGCAAUGGUGAAAAGAACAGGUGAUUUUUAUUCAAAAGGUACUAAACCCAUUUGGAAACCCACUGAAAACAAUUGUAUAGAUGUUUCUUUUUUUUAAUCUUUUGUCUAUGUUUUGUCUAUGUAGCUCACCCUUUUGUCUACCACCAGGUUC